GGAAGGAAAUAAAGGCAGCAUGAAAGUUUGGCUCACAGCAUUAACUGACUUGUAGUUUCUGUUCAGGUUUUUAGAUUGAAAAGUAUGGGUGAGAGAUCAUAGCAUUGUCCGUCCUUGUUAAGAUUUUACAAGGAAACCAUAAAAAUGUUUUUUCCCUUCUCCUGGAUUUUUGAAUGGUUUAUUUUAGAUUCAAACCCAGUAGACUGUUUCUUUCAAGGUAUUGUGGGUGCCUGUGGUAUAGCAGUGCUAUGCAACUUGAUUAGGGUCUACAACUUUAUUCAAACAUGCAGUGAUUCUGGGACUGAAACUGAAAGCAAACAGAGCUCAUCCUCAUCUGGUACUGUUCUGAGAGGAAAGUGGACCACAUCUCUCCAGUUCUGGUCCCUGACGGUCCUCCUGUCUCUGGUGGGAUCGAGGGUUUCCUCUCUGAUCGUGCUGGAGUUUUCUCUCAGAGCUGUUUCUACCUGGGCAACAGCAAGACUGGAUGCUGAUGGCAGAGGCAUAGAUCUGCUCCUGAUCCAGAGCCAGUUCACUUUGGGUUGUGGGCUCUCCUGUGCUCUGGGAUUCCUCCAUCAGGGGGCUCCACACAGCUCGCUCAGCCUGUUUCUGGCAGCUGCUCUCAGCUGGGCACUGGCAAGUGUCAGCCACAGUCUGUGGAGCCAUGUGGCCAGACUCUACCCACUUCAUAGCACAGAGCAUCACUGUGGGAAGUGCAUCACCCUCCUGGCCUCCGGACACACCAUACUGGCUUCGCUGCAAAGAGCGGUUGUCUUGGUCUUUGCUCUAGCAGCUGUGGCUUCCACCGCUACGGUUUAUGACCACUUCCUGUCCCAGAAGGAUGCACUAAAGUUUUGGACUCCAUUGACGCUCUGCUACUCCAUCCUGGUGGUCUACAUUCAAGAGGAUCAGCAGCGUAAGCCUGGCGCAGAGGCUCUGUUUCACACUGUGGUGCUGCGGCUGGGAGCCCUACUGGUGCUAAUGCUGACCGUGGGCAACUGGUCAGAUGUGCUCCACGUCCUCAUCACCUUUCUGGGUGAAGCGGUCAGCCUGCUGCCCUCUCAGGAUCUGCUGAAAGCCGUGCUACAGGAAGAAGAAUACGCACGCUUGAGAUAAUAUGAACUGAGCUUCAAUCACAAAACAAAGGAACGUAGGAUGGACACAUCAUCAGAUGACAGUUGAUGGAGCACCCAAAACCUACCUUUAAAACCGGACACUACCUCACAUUUCUAUUAGUCCUAAUAACCCUGUAUACAAAAUAAAAAUAGUCAUUGAUUUCAUGACAGAUGCAAGAGGAGGAAUUUAUAAUUAUGCACCAUUUAGCUGCUGCUUUUCAGAAUGAACUUGAAGAUUUCUGUUAUUAUUGAUCCUUUUGUUUUGUAAAAAGGGAUGGUCAAGCUGCUUAUUAAAUAUAAUGUAUUGCAUAUUAUGUUUUUUAUAGUAACAGCACAAUUGUACCAAACACAAAAGUACUUAAAAAAGGUUUUUGAUAAGAACUAAGAUGAGCAGAAAGCUGAUGAAAUGUCCACACUGUAAACAGAUAAGACCUCCACCGCCUUCCUCGUGUUUGAUGGUGCCACGGUUCAUAUGACGGCAUAUGUAAAGUACAGUGUGUGGGGCAGAGUAACAAAAAGCAGAUCUUCCUAACUGUGAGUCUGAGUCAGGGAUGGUAUUUAAAAUGCU